GUGCGUAACAGCGGACAACGUGGGUUUACGAAAGAUCAAAGUAGUAAAAACAGUGUACAGACGUCGAACAGAAUGUGAUUACAAAGAAAAGUCCCUUUGAUAUGGUAGAAUCUACUUCUGUUUAUGUGUCAUUUUUCAUAUUGCCCAACCAAACGGAAGAUUUGGGAGGAAUUUAGGAUAAAAUAAUUGAGGUGAUAUCAUCGUAACUUGAAGAUGUCAGGAUUUACCGAGAAUGUACCCCCAGCUUACAAAUCAGUAAGUUAAGAGUUCCAUGACAAGAGGGUGCACCUGUUUUUGCUUUAGAAGUAUUACCUUUGUUCCACUAUUCGGUGAUCAAAGGUUCUACCGGAAAGAAUACCCUGUUGUGUGUAAGUGCAAGAUGUCAUUUUGUACAGAACGGAUUAUACUAGUUGGACUUUUCCCAUGUCAUUCGGGCGUACAAUCAUUUCCGAAGCAUUUUGCUGUUCAUUUGUCCACAGACACUCACUGACCAUUACGUACAUUCAACCGGUCACCUCUGGAACAUUAACAGUGCUGCCAUUCAUGUACUAAGUAGUACCAUGGCUCCUUUGAACGUUUUGCUUUGUUUGUCCGUUUUCGUUUCUGGUUGCCUUACGUUUUCUUGCGGCCAGAGAGUGUUGGACGAAGAUCUUGACAGUGCGUAUCGCGGAAUUCUGAAGAUACGAACGCAGCUUGGAAACACCACUCUCGCAGCUUUGGCGCAGUUUAUUCUACCGAAAAUAUCGGACCCCACACAGAUUUUAGAAGCCGUCGCCAUUUCCGGUACCAAAGACGCCCUGGCGACGAUCAAACCUUCGAUUGAGGACGAAUUCAAGGCCCUGUUACGUGAGUACGGUGUGUCUUACGAGGUUUACACGGACGACUAUCGUGAGAUGAUCGAGAAACACCUGCGCGAGAAUUUACGAUUGGUGGAGGACGACAAAGUCGGCGAGUUCAACUUUGCCAGAUAUCACCCUUAUGAUGAGAUACUUCAAUACCUGAAAGACACGGCGGAAAAGUACCCUAACCUCGCAACUGUGGUUAACGUAGCGCACACAUUUGAGGGAAGACGUAUCGUGGCGAUGAAGAUCGGUGUAGCAAAGGAUACUCCAAAGCGCGCGGUUUGGAUAGAUGCCGGGAUCCAUGCUCGGGAGUGGAUCGCCCCAGCUACAACUCUGUACUUCAUUCAACAGUUGGUGACGCGUUACGGCCAUGACCAAACCGUGACGGAUCUUCUGGAAAAGCUAGACUGGUACAUCCUCCCGGUUAUGAACGUUGAUGGCUACAUCUACUCGUGGUCACAUCCUGCGAGGAGACUGUGGAGGAAGUCUACUGCCUUCUACAACAGUAUGUGCGAGGAUAGGAACAGUGACACAACCAGCAGCUGCACCUGUACAGAGGACGACUUGGACCGAAACUGCACUUGUCCAGACACAACCACUGUCCAGAACUGCACCUGCCUGGGCGUGGACUUGAACCGCAACUGGGACGCAGAAUGGGGAGGACCAGGCGCGAGCCCAGAUCCCUGUAGUGACAUUUACCACGGGCGGUCUCCAGUGUCAGAGCCAGAGGUCAAAGGCGUGUCAGAGUUCAUCUUGCAGCGCCGGGGGGCGAUACAGGCUUACCUGUCUCUCCACUCCUAUGGUCAACUGUGGAUGUACCCGUACGGCUACAACGCGACAAAGACUCCCACGGACAUUAAAGAACAUGUUAAGCUGUCAGAAAUAGCCACCGCAGCCAUCCGCAGAGUGAACGGCAAACAGUACCGCCAUGGCCGUGCGACUGACGUAUUAUUCGAAGCAGCUGGUUGUUCUGAUGACUGGGCCUAUGACAAGGCAGGGAUUGUUCACUCUUACACCAUCGAGCUGAGGGACACCUGGGAGUACGGCUUUCUCCUCCCUCCCGACCAGAUCUUACCGACGGCCCAAGAAGUCUUCCCUGCUUUCAUUCAGGUUCGUGUGCAGCCAUGA